AUGGAGCUUCAGAUAUCUGCACCCGGGAAGGUCAUACUCUUUGGCGAGCAUGCUGUUGUUUAUGGAUACCCGGCGAUCGCAGCAUCAAUCGAUCUGCGUGUUCGAUUAAAUGUCUCUGCAGGGCACCUCACUGACGCCGGCAGCGCAUUAUACCAUGUGAGCCUACCCGACUUAAAUGCACCUCCUGUGUGUCUGUCUGCCGACUGCAUAAACGAUGUCCGCUCUUCUCUAAUUAAGAACCGCAACAACCCCCAGGAAACUGUUCUUGAGAUUGUAUCAAGGCAAUGCCUAGUUUCAUCUGACCAACGCUUACUAAACAGUUUGGCUGUGAUCCUGUUGGCUGACGCCCUCGUGCACAUCGAAUGUUGCUGUGACUCUUGCCCGACCAAUAAACUGGUUCGCCCACUGAAUAUUCGCGUUACCUCAGAACUUCCGAUGGGCUCAGGACUUGGUUCUUCGGCAGCCUUUUGUACAGUCGUUUGCGCCUGUUUUCUACAUAUUCACGGUCAGGAUCCCUCGGCAGAUUCGUCCCAACUUGAGCGAAUCGCACAUGAGACAGAAAAACUGAUGCACGCCAUGCCUUCGGGAGUUGAUACUGCCAUCUGCGCCAGGGGUGGCAUCAUCUGCUUCCAACGACUUAACCCCUCGCAACGCUGUGAUACUCUGCCGGCUAAGUCCGGACCUCUUCUCCUUAUCAACACCCGAAUUCCACGAUCCACGGCGGUUGUUGUAUUAGACGUCGCCGCCGCUCGUUCCGCAGACACACAAAAGCACGGUCAUUUGAUGAAGGAAAUUGCGAGUGUUUGCACCCAGGCCACAGAUCACCUUUGCAACGGAAGACUGUUUUGCACCGAAUUUGAUCAACUAGUUUCCCGAAAUCAGGAUCUUCUGGAGCAGCUGGGUGUUUCGCACCCUGUUAUCGACGAGAUCGUACGCCGACUUGCAGAAUUCGGUGUCAGUGCCAAAUUGACCGGAGCAGGGAAAGGCGGAUGUGUUAUCGCGUUCUUGGAUGAAGAACGACAUUCUUUGACGUACGCAGAUGGCCUCUGCAAGAAGGACUUGGUAGUCAGAAUCCCCCUACGUGCAGAAGGGACUGUGAUCGCACACAAACUAUCCAAAGACCGCAAUUCGGUUAGAGUCGGCGUCCAAACUGCAGGUCCAGAUAGCCACUUUUAA